AUGGCACCAACUUUCCCAAAAAACACAGCGAGGAGACAGGCAUGGGUAACAGCAGUGAGGAGAAAGGACUUUGUCCCAAGUGACUCCUCAGUCAUCUGCAGCUGUCACUUCAGACCACAGGACUUUGACAGGACUGGGCAGACUGUCCGUUUAAGGGACGGGGUGACUCCCUCUGAAUUCAGUUUUCCGGAGCAUCUCUGCAAAGUGCCCAGUACAUCCAGGUCAACCAGGACAUCCCAAGCUGCUCUACAAAGUCCUGAUGUUCAGGUUCAGCCACCAGACGACCAGGAGGAGUCAACGUCAGAUCAUCAGUAUGCCCUUGACCUGAUUGAUGUUAAACAGAAGUUAACUGAGGCACAGGAGAGGGUGGAUGAAUUGCAGAGAAAAUUGCGAAAUUCCAGGGAUCGAGAAAGAAGGCACACUAAAACAGUGAAAUCCCUGCUCCAGGAUUUAAAAGAGAAAAACCUGCUUACAGAGGAACUUCAGCACAAGCUGGAUUCGUACUCAGAUCUUCCAGUUGAACUCUUCAAGAAGGACUGUGUCUUCACCCAGGCUCAAAGGGAAUUUUCUCUCACGCUGCAUUUGCAUGGACCCGAAGCCUACAAAUACCUGAGAGAAACAAUGAAGAUACCACUCCCACAUCCUCACACUCUACAAAGGCAAAUGUUUCCAUUUCCACAUUUUCAUCCCAUACAAGUGCUGAGUAAGUGCAUUGAACAAAUCAGUGAUUGGAUGUGUCAGAGUUUUCUACAAUUAAACAAAGAUAAAACUGAAGUAAUUGUUUUUGGAGCCAAAGAAAGGAUUAAAAGUCAGUGCUGUGCUACAAUCAGUAAUGUUAAAAAACACAAACCAAGCCAGGAAUUUGGGUGUAAUCAUGGACUCAGACCUGAACUUCAACAGCCACAUUAAGACAAUUACAAAGUCAGCCUACUAUAACCUGAAAAAUAUAUCAAGGAUGAAAGGACUUAUGUCUCAGCAGGAUUUGGAAAAAUUUGUCCAUGCAUUUAUCUUCAGUAGACUGGACUACUGUAACGGUGUCUUUACAGGUCUCCCUAAAAAAUACAUUAAACAGCUGCAGCUGACUCAGAACGCUGCUGCUCCAGUCCUCACUAAGACCAGAAAAGUGGAUCAUAGAGUCCUCUCUAAGACCAGAAAAGUAGAUCAUAGAGUCCUCUCUAAGACCAGAAAAGUAGAUAAUAGAGUCCUCACUAAGACCAGAAAAGUGGAUCAUAUCACUCCAGUUCUGAGGUCUUUACGCUGGCUUCCUGUCUGUCAAAGAAUUGAUUUCAAAGUACUGCUGUUGGUUUAUAAAGCACUGAAUGGUUUAGGACCAAAAUACAUUUCUGAUCUGCUGCUACGUUAUGAACCAUCCAGACCUCUCAGGUGAUCAAUAUCUUACACUGCACUGUAACUUUUAUUCUACUGUUUUAUUUAUUGUGUCUGUUUGUGUUGCUUUUACAUAUUGUCUUAUGGUCUUUUUAAUUUGAGCUUUAAAAUUUGUUUACAUUGCCUUGUGUU